CUCUGUCUCGCCUGCGUCACCGGCGCCUCUCGCUAGCUCGUGUCGCCGGUGCCUCUCCCUUGCCCGCGCCGCCGGUGCCUCUCCCUUGCCCGCGUCGCCGGUGCCUCUCCCUCGCCCGUGUUGCCGGCGCCUCUCCAUUGGCUCCAUCGUUGGUGCCAAGAUCUCAUUUUUAUUCUCCGGUGGCUGAUUUCGAGUGCGUCGGCUCGAUCUGCAAUGGCCUUCCUCCACUCCAACGCCGUGCGGAUGAUGCCAUGGAAGGGCCACCAUGACAAGGAGCAGGACGACGCCUUGGAAGGUUCACCGACAGGAGCAACUACGUACGGUCUGGUCUUCUCCACUGACAGGGAUAUCGACAUGGAGGUCCGCCAUGGAAGGCCUGGAGCUCGUCAUGGAGGGUCCCUCCUCUCUCUUCCCCUCCCUCUACUCUGUUGGUUGGUUGGACGGAAGACCAUCGCUCGUCCAGCUCUGCUUCUUCCACCGCUGCUCCCGUCCCACCAUAGUGCCACAGACGCUAUGCCAAGCACGGAAGAUUCGGGGAGCCGCCUCGAUCCAGAGUACUCGCAAUCCAUUAUAGGGCAGUUCAAAGCCUGCCUCUGGAAGCAUUGGUUGACCUAUUGGCACAACCCAGAUUACAACCUUGUCAGAUUUUCCUUCACUUUGUUCACAACCUUGCUGCUUGGCUCCAUCUUUUGGAAGAUUGGCACCAUUAUGGGUGGAUGCCAAUACUCUUAGAAUGGUCAGUGGAGCAAUAUACACAAUAGUGAUGUUUGUCGGCAUCAACAACUAUGCAACCGUUCAACCAAUUGUUUUAAUCGAGAGAAUAGUUUGUACAGAGAGAGGGCUGCUCCAUUGCUCAGGUAAGAAUAUAAAAGAUCCUUGGCAGCUCCUAAGAUUAUUUGUGCCUUGUUAGUGUGCAAAUGCAAUUUGUCUUGUGUAUUGCAUAUGCACAUCACAUGGAUUAUGCUUGCAUUUACUUCAAAAUUUACGGCAAUCGCUAGUUGUCUUUUGAGCGAAAACUGAAAUUUAAGUUCUCUGCUGAAUUUGGGGUGUACUGUUGGUUAGUUUGUUACUGUAAGUACCAACAUUUCAGUAAAAGAUUAUUGAUUUGUUUU